AUGUGCGGCCACCCUGGUAUCGUGCACGGAGGUCUUCUGGCGACCAUGCUUGACGAAGGUCUAGCACGCUGCUGUUUUGGGGCACUUCCACAUAAUGUGGGCGUCACCGCAAAGCUCGAAAUCAACUACAGAAGGCCGGUUCACGCCGGGACAUACGUGGUGCUAAGGGCGCAGACAGUGAGAGUUGAAGGGCGGAAGGCUUGGGUCGAGGGUCAACUGGAAACGUUGGUUGAUGAAGGACAGGAGCCCGUUGUCUUGGCACAAGCAACAGCACUCUUUGUUUCACCUAGAUUUGCAUCGGUCAUGGCCAAGCUCAGCGCAACAUCUUGA